GCGAGAGGACGGCCGGGCCUGGAUAAGAGUAUCUGGUCGGACCUGUUGCUCCCCAGUUCCGUGUUGUGCAAUGGACGGGUGAGUUCAGCGACACAGAGCUAUAACAUCUGUAUCUUUAAUGUGUCUCUAAUGUAUCCGCAGGGGCGUUCAUCUGGACCAACAGGAUAGUUCUAAUAGUGAUUAGAGUGGUAAUAACAGUGGUAAUAACAGUGGUAAUAGGAGUGGUGAGAGUGGAUCCGGUCUCUUCUCUUCCUCUUCCUGCUGCAGGACUCUUCUCUCUGGAUCGGCCUUCCCCUCGAUAUCACAGCUGGUACCAAGAUGCCUCGGGCACCAGCGUUCCGAGUUGCAAGUGGGGAAAUCUCCCAGCUUUCUUGAGGCAUUUCACGGAGGCACGCCCCCUUUUGGUCGGACCCCCUCGGAAUCCUGAGAGUAGACUGAAGAGGAUCUGAAGAGCUUUUCUCCUGCGUUCCUCCAGCUCCUCCUAUCAUGAGCUCCCCAGCCAAUGGCAGUGACAGUAAGAAGUUCAAAGUGGAGGUGCAUGGCGGCGUGGCGGCGGGGGCGGGCUCUCUGAGCCGCGUGCUGCACGUGAGGAAGCUGCCGGGAGACGUGACGGAGCCGGAGGUCAUCUCCCUGGGGCUGCCCUUUGGGAGCGUCACCAACCUGCUGAUGCUGAAGGCCAAGAACCAGGCCUUCAUCGAGAUGAGCUCGGAGGAGGCUGCUCAGACCAUGGUCUCCUACUACUCCUCCGUGACGCCUGUCCUCCGACACCACCCGGUCUACGUCCAGUUCUCCAACCACAAGGAGCUCAAGACCGACAACUCCCCCAACCAAGUGAGAGCCCAGGCGGCGCUGCAGGCCGUCCUGGCUUCCCAGGGGGGGGUCCACGGCCCCCAGGGGGGGGUCCACCCCUCCCUGGGGGGGGUCCACCCCAUGGCCGGCCUGGAGGUCCCGGGGAUGGGGCCCAGUCCGGUGCUGAGGGUGGUGGUGGAGAACCCCUUCUACCCCGUCACCUUGGACGUCCUGCACCAGAUCUUCAGUAAGUUCGGGACUCUGCUCCGGGUCAUCACCUUCACCAAGAACAACCAGCUCCAGGCUCUGCUGCAGUACCCCGACGGCAUGACGGCCCAGCACGCCAAGCUGUCUCUGGACGGGCAGAACAUCUACAACGCCUGCUGCACGUUGAGGAUCAGCUUCUCUAAACUCACCAGCCUCAACGUCAAGUACAACAACGACAAGAGCCGGGACUACACCCGACCGGACCUCCCCUCCGGGGACCCCCAGCCCGGCAUGGAGCACCAUGCCAUGGCCUUCACUCCUGGUCUCAUCUCAGCCUCCCCCUACGGAGGCCCCGCCCACGCCUUCUCCCCGGCCUUCACCAUCCAGCAGACAGGUCUGACGGUUCCAGGUCUCCAUGGAGGUCUAGCGUCGUUGGGGUUGCCGACGGCGACCGGGCGUCUGGCGUUCUCCACCCUCCCAGCGGGCCACUCCGUCCUGCUCAUCAGCAACCUCAACCCCGAGAGAGUCGCGCCACACUGCCUCUUUAUUCUCUUCGGGGUGUAUGGGGACGUGGUGAGGGUGAAGAUCCUGUUCAACAAGAAGGAGAACGCUCUGGUGCAGAUGGCUGAUGGGACCCAGGCCCAGCUCGCCAUGAGCCACCUGAACGGGCAGCGUCUGUACGGGAAGGCGGUGCGCAUCACGCUCUCCAAGCACAGCAGCGUGCAGCUGCCACGCGAAGGCCACGAGGACCAGGGUCUGACCAAGGACUACGGCAGCUCCCCGCUGCACCGCUUCAAGAAGCCCGGCUCCAAGAACUACUCCAACAUCUUCCCCCCCUCCUCCACCCUGCACCUGUCCAACAUCCCCCCCUCGGUGGUGGAGGAGGACCUGAAGAUGCUGUUCUCCAGCUCGGGGGCCCUGGUGAAGGCCUUCAAGUUCUUCCAGAAGGACCACAAGAUGGCGCUAAUCCAGAUGGGCUCGGUGGACGAGGCCAUCGAGGCGCUGAUCGAGUUCCACAACCACGACCUGGGGGAGAACCACCACCUCCGGGUGUCCUUCUCCAAGUCCUCCAUCUGAGGACCUGGGGGAGAACCACCACCUCCGGGUGUCCUUCUCCAAGUCCUCCAUCUGAGGACCUGGGGGAGAACCACCACCUCCGGGUGUCCUUCUCCACGUCCUCCAUCUGAGGACCCCCAGACCAGCCUUCUAAAGACCCCCCCCCCUUGGACCAGCCUUCUGAGGACCCCCCUCCCCCUUUUACUCAAGGUUCUCCUAUUCAAAGCCCCCCCCGGAGACUGAGGGUCUAGGUCCACAUUGGGGGUCGACACUGGGGGUCCUCCUGGGGGUCCUACUGGGGGUCCUACUGGGGGUGCUGGCGUGUCGGGCGGUGUUGUAGUGUUUGGUGUGCCCUUGUCGACUCUCUCUUCGUUUCUUCUGCAUUCCUUUCUUUAUUCUCGUGUGUCAAUCAUUAUUUAAAUCAAACUAGCUGAAAGUUGAAAUCAUUCCUGAAGCUGGAGGGCGGGCCCCGCCCCCCGCCCCCCCCCCGGGGGCGGGCCCCGCCCCCUGCCCUCCGGUUGGCUGUCCAUCCUUGUAGCAGUGCCUCUCUCUGAUUGGUCUAUUUAUACGUUUGAUUCAUGACAGCUGAAACCAAAAAGGCCUUGUGGAGCUUCCUGCCCCGGGACCGCCUGGGCGGGGGGGGGGGGGAGGUACUGGGCCCAAUGGAGGGGGGGGGGGGGGGGGGGGGUACUGGGCCCAGUGGGGGGGGGGGAGCCCCUGGAUGCAGAGUGCCUUUAAAGCGGUCCCACCCGGACCACAUGGACCCUGAGCUCGCAGCCAAUCACAGGGCCCGCUGCCCGGCCGCCGUCCCACUGGACAGACGGGGGGGUACAGACGGGGGGGGUACAGACGGGGGGAUACUGACGGGGGGGACUGGUGAAGUGUACAUAACAAUAAUUAUUGUUUUUUACUAUUGUAGUUCAUUAGAAUAAAUAUUCGUUUUGUAUCCGAUGGAAACGUCUAUUUUGAUUAAAACAUGGGACCACUUGUGGGCGUGGCCCCGGGUCACGAAACAGGAAAUAAAGAUCCUCCCAGAGUCC